UUAACAUUUUUUUUCAACAUGGACGCCAAAAAGCGGUCGCACGCUGACAGUACUUGUGAUUCUCAUCUCCUACAAGACGAUGUCACUGAAAACCAGACUUCUUCUGUCGCAAACGAUUCUUUUCCAAGCAACACUACUGAUUGGAAGCGCUGUCACAUAGAAAAACUUGGUAUAAAGCCAUUAUAUAGAUACUGUGCUAUGGACGUUAAUUAUGAAUGGGGACUGUAUAAACUGUUACGGAAAGACGUUGUUUCAGAAGAACUUAAUGCCGUGGAGAAAAUCAUAAAUAUCUGCAAUUCCAUAAGUACAGACUUUUCUUCUUUUGAAGAAUUACAGACGCACUUUACGAGAAAUCACGAUAUAUCCAAUUUAUUUAUACCAACAAAGAGCAUUCCAGAGGGCUUAGGUUUAUGUUCCUGUCGAUUUGAAGAGUUUCAACAACAGCUAGAACUCCUUCUAUGGGACAGAACACCGAGCGAUCAGAUUUCUCCCUCAUGUUUCCAAACCUUGUUCCAGGACCUUCUGAGUAUAUUUGGCAUUGUAUCCAGACGUCAACCAGAUAUAGCUGCAAAGAAAACAAGAGUUAAGGGAAGGGAUAUUUCUUCAGCCCCAGAUGUAAUAUGUUAUGGCAUAGAAGGAAAAAUUUCAUGUAUUGUCAAGGUUGACAAGAGCAGAAAAUGUUCCGAUUUGGAUGGUAUUCCACACAGUAAGAAAUCUCGUCAACAUGAAUCACCCGGGAAGGACAAGUGUAUUUCUGACUGUUUUGCUCAACACACUGGGGAUCUUUUAGCCUUCAGUGAACGUUCUAUAUCACACAUGGAUAUUUGUGGUAGAGCUGGCAGAGAUAUUCUAGGGUUUAUUGUGGAAAAUACUCAUGUAACUGUCACCCAUCUACAAAUAUCCAGACUUAGUUUGGAGAGAAUUCAGAACUCCACUGGAGAGGGACCGGUGAAACACGAGGAGAAACCACUACUACACUACAGUCGGCCAUUUAAUUAUCUCAGGAAGUCAGACCGACAAGAACUGUUCAAAGCCAUUCUACACAUCAGACUAAUGCUGUCCAUUCAUGAAAAAAUCACUAUACAAAGAAGAAAUGCAGGGACUGUUGAUAUUUUUCGAAGGAAAGUCUGUGAACCUUGUUGAAGUCUAUAUAAAAUUUUGUGAAAACAUUUUUAAUUUAUUACAUUAAAGUACAUGUACCAGAUGUAUCUACAGAUAGCAGUGUAUCAAAUUACCGUACAUAUUGUCUGUUAACUGUUGCAUCAGGUGAAAGUGCAUUGACAUUUAAGAUUGAGUUUGAAAUGAAAUCAUAUUUAACAUAAAUAGGCAUUUUGUUUAACUUCACUACAUGUUUUUGAAUCUCUAUGACUAUAUUUAUAUGUUGUUAUCAAUAUUAAAAUGAAUAAAUAUGA